AAAGAAUUAAAGUUGUUAUAAGAUGCAGAAAAAUAUUAAAAAGAGAAUCAAAAUCACCAGUUGUCAUUAAGACUACAAAUCGUGAAGUACAAAUAAAUUUUGAGGAUGCAUCAUGUAAAAGCUAUACUUUUGACAAAGUAUUUGGAAAUGAAGCAAACCAACAAGAUAUAUUUGACUCAGUGGCGGGUUCAAUUGUACUUUGUUCACAUUCAACUGGUAAAACAUAUACAAUGGAAGGAGAUUUGAAUAGUGGCAGCAAUACAAUUAUUAGUCCAAAUGCUGAUGUCAUCCCAUAUGAUGCUAAUAAUAAAGCUGUUUUACGUGGGCAUGAAGAGAUAUCUUUAAACAAUGCUGCUAAAGGUACCAGAGUUUUGAAACAAGGAUCUAUCAAUAGACAAACUACUUUGACCAAUUAUAAUAAUAAAUCAAGGUAUCAAUCAUUCACACUCAGUGUUCACACAGGAUCAGAAUGUAUUGUUUGUACAAGUGUUAAAAACACACAUGCAAGAGAAGCUGAAAAAAUUAACCAAAGCUUAUUAACACUUGGUCGAUGCAUUAAUAGUCUCAAUGAUAAUUCAACUCACAUUCCUUAUAGGGAUG